GACGCCACCUGAUGCCAACAUAAUGAAAUAGCAAUAACCUUAAUUUCAAAAACUUCAAAACAAAUUUGAUAAAAACCGUUAUAAGAUCUGAAUACAUAUCUUCAUGAAAUGUGAAAAUUGAAUUGAAGUUUGCCGAUAAUUGUCAGUACAGCAUCACGGUUGCACUGUUUUAUGUGCGAGUGCAAUGUCUACUCGUGAAGCUUGCACUGUGUCUGAUCAAAAACAGACAGCUGGAAGCGCUGACAACAUAUCCCUUGUUCUGCAAAGCGAUGAGGAACAGUUAAAAAUAUCUGGCUUAUCAAAGAGAGAAAUCGCUAAGGUUAGAAAAAAUGCAUUUCUACAUUCCUUCAGUCCAAAAUUUAGAACAGGUGAAUGAAAUUCAAAUAUUUGUAUAUAAAAAUACACCUAACCCAAAGUUCAAUUUAGCUAAUACAUUACCACCUUGGGAAAGACUUGGUGCAGGCUGCCAAUGUAUAGACAGUAUACUGAAUGGUGGAUUUCCUAUAAAUGGAAUAUCUGAAGUUUUUGGAUAUAGUGGUACAGGAAAAACUCAGCUUGGCAUGCAACUAGCUCUAAAUGUUCAAUUACCAUGUGCUAUUGGCGGGAAAAAUAAAGGUGCUGUAUACAUAUGCACAGAAGAUGUUUUCCCAUCAAAAAGAUAUCACCAGUUGGCAAAGUCUUUCAGAACCUCACACAACUGCUCUGAUAUUGACUUUGAAGGUCAGACAUACCUUUAUCACUGUGCAGAUUUUGAACUUUUGAAAAAGACACUGAGUGUUCAGCUCCCCAGAUUACUAAAAAUGAAAGAAAUUGGUUUGGUGGUCUUGGAUUCAAUUGCUGGACCAUUUCGUAGUGACUACGUGGAAGCUAACUAUCAUAACAGAGGACAGCAUAUCAAUGAAAUAGCUAAAGCAUUACAUCACAUAGCUGAAAGCUAUUCCAUUGCAGUGGUAUGCAUGAACCAGGUAACUCAAAAUCAGAAAGAAGACACUAUAGAACCAUGUUUGGGAUUGGCCUGGGGUAACAAUGUGACAUGUAGAUUCUACAUAUCAAGAUUAGGCAGUGACUCCACAAGAGUAUUCGAAACGAUUUUUGCUCCUGAUCUACCAAACAGAAAAUGUUAUUUUACAAUUAGUAGCCAAGGAAUAACUGCAGAUUUAACAUUUUGAUAUGCUAAACUUUUUAUAAUUUAAGAAUAGUGAUGUAUUUAAGGCUCAAAAUAUUCUAACUGGUAGAGAUAUUUAAUACCUAAUAAUUACACUUGCAUAUUUAUCUUUAUUUGGGAUAAUUAAUAUAGAUAAAUAUGUAAAAAUCAAAAGAAUCUGCGGUGCUAAAAUAAUAUAGUUUCACAUUAUCCAACUCUCAGACAAGCAAUCAUAAAGCUACCACAUUGCAUUUCUACAUUGCAUGUCAAACAACAAAAUUUAAAAAUUCAUAUUUUUUCAGGUACUUAUUCUACGAUCUACAACCUUCUGUAAAAAAUUGCAAUAUAAAAUCAACUAUGACAUAAAAAAACAGAUACCAAAUAUAGAAUUGAAUCAUCGUGAAAUAAAUGAGUAAUUUCCUAAUCAUUAUUAUUAUGAAAUGACCAAUAUUUAGAUCCUACUCUAAUGGGGGGUAAUCUGGAAGACUAGAAGUAGAUGACGCUAGUUAGAUUGGAUGUCACGUCAUGUCUUAGGUUAUAAACACAUUAACUUUCUAUCAAACCUGUGUUUUACCAUAGGUGUUUCACAGUUUCAUCUCCAAGUACACCAGCGCCGCCUAGCGGGAGCGAACUCUAACAUCGAUGCCAUUUAAGGCCGUAUCGUCAGUCGUUCCUACAAUUGUAGAACGCCUUUAUGGCCUCCUCGAUUUCCAUAGUCUUUUCUCUCCUUCAAGAAGGCUGGG